AUGUCCUCUUACUCUUUCUCUUCCUCUGUCUUCCCCAAAAUACCAACCCCAAACCAUGCCCAGCCCACCCCCGCCCAAUUCCCUAAAUUCCCUCUCCUCCCCACCGAGCUCCGCCUCCUCAUCUGGCACUUCUCCCUCCCAUCCCCCGUACACCAUGGUCUCUACAUCUACCAGAAAGGAUGCUGGGAAACCCAUCUCGACCCCGAAAACGCCCCAGGCCCGGACCCCCACUUCAACCUCAUAUUCAACGACUCCUCCCUGUCCACCAUGCGCAUCGAUAUCCCACCCUUCCUCGUCAACCACGAAGCCCAUCCCAUAGCGCACCACUGGCUCCAAAGGCACAGGGGACCCAUCCGCUUCCAACAGACCCCGACAGGCUUCCACUUCAUGCGGCCCUUCCAGCCAAAUUCAGACGCUCUCUACGUACCUAAAAAUCGGUACCUCGAGUUCAUCUGCGAGCCCGUAGAUGUGGCUUGGGCUCCGGGACUGGAAUACGCGACUAACGAAACUUUUCCCCCAACUUUUCCUCGGAUUGCGUUUCCGAAGGCGGUGUUGGAAAGCCAGAAGAAUGCCAUUAAGGGGAUAUUCGAGUUGUAUCAUUAUGAGAAUAUUCGUGAGGUUUUGAUCGUGGAUGAGAUGGAGGAGGAGGAGGAUGAUUUGAUGGUGUUAGCCCGGGUGCAGAGGCCAUGGGAGUGGGUGAGGGCUCGUGGGGAGGAGUUGUUGGUGUGGGAUCAUCAAGGGAAAAGAUAUCAACGGCAGGGGGGCUGGGAUUGGCAUCCGGAGGCGGAUGAGUUCAUGGGGUUGGUAGAGAAGGCGAGCGUGAAUAUCGAUGCGGGGAUGUCCUGGACCGGGGACCGGUUUGAGGUGAGGUUGGUGCAUGCGGUUCGAAGAUGACUGCACUGGUGGGAGAUGUCUCGUUAAAGCGAUAUCUCUUGGCUUUUCCUUUGAUCAUGAUGCCUGUGUGAAAGUCCCAACUGAUGGAGUCUGUAAGCUUUUGGUUACUGGAAGAACGUCACCUGAUUUCCUCAGCCCUUUCCCGGUCCUUAAUUAAUAGUACUUGAAUCACGGACCUCUGUCCGAUGCACGGACUGGAUUUCUCCAUAGUGGAUGCUAUAUGGACCUUCAAACAAGUUUAAUUAGUGUUCCAACAAGCGGACGGCGGUCGGAUGAUUAUUGAGUUACUCUGUUGGAGGGACCGCUUGAGGCAGGAGCUCUCGAAUCAUCGAUAACUUCCCUGCGAGCAGGUCCCGUUAACUUGCUGAAAAUUCUGGACCACUGAC